AUGCGUGGUGCCGAAACUGGUAACGCCCAUGGGUCGGACUAUGGCCUCGCCCGUACACGUAUGUAAGUUCAUCCCUCAUCCGCGCAAACAAUGUCACGCCCUAGACGCCUCGAUGUCGCAAAAAUCCGGCAAGCCAGCACCGCCGAGGCCCUAAGCAGAGAAAUCCAGACCUGUUUUACGACCCGAGCCGACGGAGAAGUCAGAAACCAGUAGUCGUCACUGAAGACUUCAGUCUACGGGGCAGCUGAGAAAAUCCUUGGAUACAUCCAGCGACGCCACAGUGGCCGGGUCAGCGGAAGAACCCUGAAGUUGUCUGCUCAGACGGCUCGAGCCAGGUACCGUAACGAUGGCUGCUUCCGCCAACUUCGGAAGAUGAGAGCAAAAUCGGCCAGGGAUGACCGGAGGCAAUAUUGGGCUGAAAUAGCGACCUCCAUGGAACAGGCCUCGAACGUUGGUGACACUCGAAAGCUCUCUAAACUGAUCCGCCAGGUUAGCGGUAAGCCCUCUACACUGAGUGACUCUGUUCGUGACGUGAACGGCGGCUUUAUUGCUGACAACUCGGCCAAAGUCGAGUGCGGGCGUGAGCACUUCGAGCACCAUCUCAACUUUGAUGCCCAUCCUACCUCUCCCUUGGUCUCCUCUUCAGCGGACUUUCUUCCCUCUCCUACCUAUGCAGCGCCAUGCGACCUCCCUCUGAAGGAGAAUUCGGCGAUGCCAUACGAAAGUUGCGCAGCAAUAAGGCACCCGCAGAGGAUGGUAUACCCGCUGGAAUCUUAAAGUCUUGUGUCGACACUCUGGCGCACUGGCUCCAUAAGGUGAUUGAACGAGCGUGGAGAGACGAGGUUGUUCCUGGUGACUGGGGCUUAGGAAUCCUUGUACCUAUCCUCAAGAAGGAAGAUACGAGAACUACCGCGGCAUAAGUCUCAUCGACGUUGGUGCGAAGAUCUUCACUAUUGUCCUACUCCGGCGAUUCCCGGCUGUGCUUGACUCAAGGACGAGGCCCAACCAAGCCGGAUUUCGUGCUGGACGUGGAUGCGCAGACCAGGUAUUCACACUGAGGCGCAUUCUCGAAUUUCGUCAUAGCUACCAACAACCGACGGCCGUCUGUCUCAUUGACUUUACCGCCGCGUUCGAUUCCGUCCAUCGGGAGUCCCUGUGGCGGUUAAUGGCGCUAGAUGGCGUACCGGCAAAAAUCAUCACCACGGUCAAGGUCUAUUAUCGUCCCACCACCGCGAGAGUUCUGGUCCACAAAAAUCUUACCCAACCAUUCGGUAUUCGGUCUGGUGUCCGACAGGGUUGUAUCCUGUCACCCAUUCUGUUCAACUAUGCUAUUUACUGGAUCCUCGGGAGGAUCCUACACGAAGGUGACGGCGUUGAGUUUGCACCCGGACACCGACUGACUGAUCUCGCCUUACUUGCUUCAAGUUUUGGUGAUCUGCAGUCUAUGGUGUCACGGGUGAACAAGGUCGCUAAAUCUGUCGGUUUAUACAUAAACGCUGGGAAGACCAAAGUGUUUUCAAGCUGCAUCCCUGACCAGGAGAAGACACCCCUCGGGAUUGAUGACUGUCAACUUGAAGAAGUAGACAGUUUAAAAUACCUCGUGGCGAGGCUGCUGCCUAAUGGACAGAGUAAGGACGACAUUGUCUCCCGAAUCGAUGCUGCCCGCUGCGUUUUCUCAAGCCUUCGGAAAUGCAUAUGGAACCGACGUGACCUCUCCAUCGUCACUAAGACUGCUGUGUACUGUGCAUCUGUCUGGUCUGUCCUUCUCUACGGUUGUGAAUACUGGGCUGUGUGCAUGGAGUACGAGCGAAAACAGGAGGUAUUUGACCACCACUGCUUUAGGACCAUCUUUCGAGUGAAGUUCACCGACUUCGAAAUGAGACAGUCCUCACUUGCUGCGACAACAUCGCAAGGAUAA